UAUACGAAAGAGAAAAAGUAAAACAGCAAUUUCUGUUUGCUACGCGGUUUCAGUUAUAAAUCCGACUUAUUUGGAAUAAUAGUGCUAAAUAUUGUUUUUCCACUCACGAUGGCUGAGAUAAAUGCCACACAGCAAGCACGGAGAAAAUACUUGUCCAUGGCAGUGUCCUCGGAGCUAGUGGAACGGGGUUUCGAAAGUGCCGACAGGGAAUGCGUAGAAAGCCUCACGGAAAUGAUGCAAAGUUUUAUCGUGGAACUGGGCCAAUCGGCCCGUAAUUAUUGUGAGCUGGCCGGACGGACGCAGCCCGUGGUAGGGGACGUCGUAAUCGCUCUGAUAAACAUGGGAAUCUCGGUUAAAGGAAUGGAAGCCUACGCCAAACGCGAUGGGCGACACGUUCUACCCCAACCACAGCAAGCACAAGCACAAAAGCAGCUCAGUAUCCUUCAAGCUGGCCAGAAGAACUCCCAUCCCUCGCAUAUACCCUAUUACUUUCCAGCUUUACCGGAUCCUCAUGCGUACAUCCGUACACCGACCUACAAACAACCCGUCACCGAGUACGAAGCUAUUCGUGAAAAAGCCGCCUCACAAAAGCGAGAUAUCGAGAAAGCACUGACCAGGUUUCUGGCAAAAACGAGCGAGGUUCACAGCCUGUUCGACAACGAGGAUAGCCCGAUGUUCCCGCUGAUAGCUUGUAAGCCAUCAUUUCCUCCCUACCUGCAGGCACUGAAUCCAACGGAUCAAAUAUUCGAUUUCGAAGAACUCGAAUACUACUACCAGGUCGCUAAUCGAAAGGAGGAUCCGGCAGAAACCAAGGACGGUGACGAUGAUGAUGAUGACGCGGAAGAUGGCACCGAAACCAAGAAGGAGGACAAAGAAAACGACGAAAAGGACGGUGAGUCGAACAACGCCGGUGGAAAAGGUGCGAGUGAAGCCAAAAUGGGCCCUCCAACGGUAACGGUAUCAACGGCUAGCGGUAACAUUACGACGGCUCAGAUCAAUCUCACCAACAAUAGUCCGACCAUCGACAAUCCGUACCUGCGAGCGGCAACCAUCCCGAGGAAGGUGAAGAGUGAAAAUGGUUCGGGGAUGUUUUAGGUGGUAACGAAUAAAGCUUACAAGUUUGGCUGCA